ACUCGCAUAGGUCACAUUUAAGGACAUUUUCCUGAAUACACACCAGUUAACUGGGGACCUCUUGGCAAAUGGGGACCAAAAACCACGUCCUCAUUUGUUUAGCUAUACUAUCAUGUUCAGUAUGCUAAAAAACAUCACUGGCCAAAAAAUUUCACGUGUCCCGAAAAAUGACAAAGACCUGAUUUGUGUACCAAAAGUGUGUGUGUCUCCCCCCCAGAGUGUGUAAAACGCAGCGCCCCAACAGGAAUUCAUGUGAACUGCACUUCCUUACUCUACGCACACAUUUUGAUCAGGUGAUCCAAACAAACCAAUGAAAAUCUACUUUUUUGAUUGGAUGAUCUAAACCAAUGAAAUUUUACUUUUGUACUGGAGGAAGCUUUAGGCUAAUAUUUAGCAUAACGUAAAUAUAUACAGCAUAUUUACACAUUGCUAGCAUGCCCUGGUAAUAUUAUUUCUAUCACGCAGUAAAAGUACAUCAAUAAAUAUAACAGUUUAAUAUAACUGUAGCAUGCCAACCAUAAACAUUCUGAUAAAGUACAAAAAUAAGGAACAGUAUUAGCAAAUUUACCUACGCCGAUUUAUACUUAUUUGUAAUGUUAGCAAUCACUACCAUGUAGUCUUCUUAGCAAACCACAUUCAGAUAAAACAGAAAAUUAAAAGCAACAUAUAGCAAAUAUGACUCUAAUAAUUCCAUGUAACAGGUCACCACGCAUACAUAGUAAGUAUGCGUGGCAAAUAUUGUCAUACAUUGAAAAAUAAGGAGCACUAUAUAACAAAUACGACUAUGCUAAUUCCAUACAUCAGGUUGCUAGAACCGCUAACAUGUAGCGUGCUUGGCAAACUACAUUCUGAUAUAUUAUAAAAUAAUGAGCAAUAUAUGGCUAAUAUUAAUAUGCUAAUUCCAUGUAUCAAGCCACUAUAUAUAACGCUAGCAUGUAUUAUGCGUACUAAACAUUCUGAAAGCAAAAUAAAUGUUUAUAAUACUACCUGUUUUAAGUGGAAGUCCUAUAAUUUUAAAUAGUUCUUUCGGCCGUCAUAUAUAUUACAUGUGCAAUAACAAGCGCGGAGGAAUAUUUAUGUCACACUGCGCAGUUAACAAGUGGACUAAGUGGAUUUUGCGGCUAUAAUUUGGAAAGACGUCACUUUCGCGGGGAAACAUCGGAGGAAGGAUUUCGCGCCAACAGAAUGAACUCCAUUAGGAGAAAAAGAUGUCAUCCAUUGCAGGAUGUCAAGUUGCAUAUCAGAUUAAAGUCUGAUAAGGCUGUGAUUGAAGAGCGUUAUAUUAAUGUUUAUAAAGGAAGAGGAGUGUUCAGCACGGUGGACAUUUGCAAAGGAGAUUUUGUAGUAGAAUAUAGGGGUGAACUGUUGUCGGAGAAAGAGAGUUUUAAACGAAAGAAUGGAUAUAGUGAGGCUAAAAGUGUUUUUCUCUAUGAUUUCCAAUGGAAAGGGAAGAACUGGUGUAUAGACGCAUCUCAAGAGGACAAGUCUUUAGGGAGGCUUGUCAAUGAUGAGCACAGGAAUCCAAACUGUCGAAUGAAAGUAGUAGAUGUUGAAGGAAGUCCACAUCUUUGUCUCUUUGCUGUUAGAGACAUUUUGUCAGGAGAAGAGAUUAAUUAUAAUUAUGGAGAUUCAGAUUGGCCUUGGAGAAGACAGGUGGCUGUAUCAUCCCCACCAAAAGAGAAAAGUGUCCAGAAUGACAGCCAGAUACCCCAGUUGGAGUCUGGCUACAUAGAGGCAAUGGAUGACUCGCAUGCCAAAAAAAAUAAGUCGCUAAUGGACAAACAAAUGACCCAGGCUAGUGACAGUUUUGGUGAAGUUAUGACUGCGGAGAGAAAACGGAAGACCUCUGUGGUGGCUGUAUCAUCCCCACCAAAAGAGAAAAGUGUCCAGAAUGACAGCCAGAUACCCCAGUUGGAGUCUGGCUACAUAGAGGCAAUGGAUGACUCGCAUGCCAAAAAAAAUAAGUCGCUAAUGGACAAACAAAUGACCCAGACUAGUGACAGUUUUGGUGAAGUUAUGACUGCGGAGAGAAAACGGAAGUCGUCUAUGGCACGAUUACAGAAACUGAAAAGGCACCAUAACAAAUGUCUAGAACACUAUGUGAUGGAAGACAAUGAACGAAGGAGACUUGAAAAAGAACGGACCUUGCUAUUGUGUAAAGUUAGUCAGAUUAAUGAAAAGCUUGAAUCUGGAUCUGGAUUACCUUCUGCCUCUGAUGAAUUUGGUCACCUAUCAGCUGAUCAGGUGGAGGAGACUGUGAUGAACACUUACAGUUCAUCAGAUGUUUCUGAAUACACUGACUAUAGUGAUGUAGACUAUGUGCCAGAUAGCGACGGAAGCUCCUCUGAUGAGUCCAACCAAAGUAUUUCUCUAUCUCCCGAUGUCAAGAAAACCCAAACCAGCCAAAGAUUUCCAGAAUUAUCAAGACGAAAACAACAGAUUCACAAUGAGCCUACUAAGACCAGAAAGUCUUCUCAAUUGUUAACCCAGGAUUUCCCACAUAGUGAAGAAAGUGUUUUUGCUUGUAACUCCAUCAGUGUGCCAUCAUCUCAAAGUGUACAGGGGAAAUACACCAAGAAGCAGUACUGCUUAUUUUGUGGAAAACCAUAUUCAAAAAUAGCAAGACAUUUAGAAUCUGCCCAUAGUGAUGAGAAAGAAGUUGCAAAAGCUUUACAAUUUUCGAAGAAUUCCAGAGAACGUCACAUCCAACUUAGCAUUCUGAGGAAACGUGGAAAUUUCACUCAUAAUGUAGAUACUGUUAGAGGAGGAUCAGGAAACAUGGUGGCUUGUUAUCGUCCCACAAAGACCAGAAAAGCUAAAGAUUACAUACAUUGCCUUCACUGUCAAGGUCUGUACUCUAAGGGUACCCUUUGGAAGCAUAUUAAAAUCUGUCCACAAAAUCCAAAUCCAGAUCCAUCGGAAGGUGGUAAAAAAUAUGUACGAUCAUUAUGUGCAAUGUCUACACCAGUAGGUCUAGAUGUUAGCCAGAGCUUCAAGGAUGUGCUUUGCAACAUGGCAUAUAAUGAAAUUUCUGCCAUAGUUAGGAGUGAUAGAUGUAUCCUUCAGUUAGGACAGCAUUUCUUCAAUAAAAUAGGAUCAGACAAGGGCAAGCAUGAUUACAUAAGGCAGAAACUUAGAGAGAUCGGUAGACUUCUGCAGGAAGCACGAAAGUGCACACCACUGCGCAACAUGGAAGAUUUUGUUAUUCCGUCCAACUUCCCUCAUGUGGUUAAAGCUGUGAAAGUAGUAGCUGGCUACAAUGAAGAAACACAUUCAUACCAAAUUCCAUCACUGGCUAUGAAACUUGGUCAUUCUCUUAAGAAAAUUGCGAGCAUUGUUGAGAGCAAUGCCACAAUUGUUGGAGAUAAUGAUCUAGCAAAAUCUGUUCGUCGUUACCUUCAAGUACAUCAAGCUAAGUGGAGUGAGUGCAUAUCUAGCUGUGCCUUAACUACACUAAGGGAAGCAAAGUGGAACACACCUCAGCUGCUGCCCUUUACUCAAGAUGUGAAACUGUUGCACUCACACCUGGAAAAAAAGCAAGAAGAAAUGCUUAGGCUACUUAAGAUUUGUCCUUCACGAGACAGCUACACUGGACUAACCAAGGUUACCCUCACGCAGGUCAUCCUUUUUAACCGGAGAAGAGAGGGUGAGGUCUCAAAAAUGCACAUGUCCAUCUUUGCAUCAAGAAACAAAAAAGAACUUCAUGAUGAUCUUGCCAUCUGCAUGUCGGACUUUGAAAGAAAACUGUGUCAACACUUUAUGCGUCUUGAGAUUAGGGGCAAGCGAGGUAGGAAGGUUCCUGUUCUUUUAAAACCUUCCAUGGUUCAUUCCAUGGAGCUCCUGAUGGAGUUCAGAGAACAAUGUGGUGUUCCAACAGAAAACCCUUUUUUGUUUGCUCGACCGGGGGCACUUUCUGCAUACCGUGGCAGGGACUGCAUACAGCAGUUUGCCAAAGAAUGUGGUGCUAAACAACCGGAAGCAUUGUCAUCCACUAAACUUCGCAAACACAUUGCCACGAUGUCCAAAGUUUUAAAUCUUGAAGAAAAUGAAGCAGACCAGUUGGCUGACUUUUUGGGCCAUGACAUCCGUGUCCACAGAGAAUAUUACCGCUUGCCUGAAGGAACACUUCAACUGGCAAAAAUGAGCAAAGUGUUAAUGGCAAUGGAAGAAGGAACUCUUUCAGAUUUCAAAGGGAAAAAAUUGGAUGAAAUUGAAAUCAACCUAGAUGAAAAAAUCGACCCAAGAACCAUUGAUGACUCAUCUAGUUCUGAGGAAGAGGAACCUGACAAACAGAAUGAUGGUCUGUCUGAAGAUUAUAGAUCUUGUGAUGUACAGAAUUUGUCUGUUGACUCUACUCAGUCUCACAGUGAAGGUGUGGAUGUUGGUCGUGGUGGCGGCAAAGCAUCAUCCAAGCGAACAUGGAAUGUUGAGGAAGUAAAAGCUGUUGAGAGACAUAUGAUGAACUUUAUCAGAAUUUGUAGAGUUCCUGGAAAGAAAGAGUGUCUUCAGUGUCUCAAUGCAGAACCUGAAGUUCUUAAAAGCAGAACAUGGACUGGGGUUAAAUUCUACAUAAAAAAUAGAAUAACAGCAUUAAAGAGAAAAGGUAUGAUGUAAUUCAAAGAACAAAAGAGUUUAUGUUAAGGUUGAAAAAUAAUAAUACAGUCUUAUUUUUUUUAGAACAGUAGAGUUGAGAGCUAUACGAAGCUUCAUAUUUUCACUCAGCCCUCACGUCUUUAUAUUUCAAACAGCAGCUAUUUUUUUAAGUUUUAAAAAAAGUUAUGACUGUUUAUGAUUUUGAAAUGUAUAUUCUUAUGUCUUGUUUAAUGAAAGAUGCCAAUUUAUACCUGUGUGUAUAUAUGUAUACCUACAUAUGUACAUAUAGGAUGGAAAAAACAAUAAAUAAAAGUUCUUGUUAGUCACAAGUUUUUGUCCCUAUUUAUCCAUUUGUAAGGAUGGAUAAUAAUAGACUGCUUAUUUUCUGCAAUAUUUCCAUUGCACAUUAACACUUUAUUUUCCUGAUCAGCUCUAUAAAUUCAUGUUUCCCGACCGUGUUAUAAAUAGCAAACAACUUACAAACUGUUCCUAAAAAUCAUAAAACGCAUUAGAUGCUUUUUUCAAAUUGUAAACAAUGAGAAUUACAUUUUAUUGUAAGUUCUUCUUGACAACUUCUUUUCUGUCCUCAUUUGGGGAAAAUGUCCUCAAAUUAGUGCUGAACUGGAGUUUGUGUGUGUGUGUCGCCAUGUCCUCAAAAUUCACCUAAAAAAUACAUGACCUCAUUUGCAAGGGUUUUUUUCAUACUUUUAAAACAGGAUUUUUUUGGAAAUUUCAACUGAUGGGCGUGUAUACGGCAUGCGUAUUAGCCAUGUUUAGCAAUAAUUUUGGUUCCAAAGCACUGGGAAAACCUUGUCCCCAAAGUGAGGGUGUUCUGACAUAGGUCCCCAAAAGUGAUCUAUGCGCGUAUGUGUGUGUGUGUGUGUGUGUGUGUGUGUGUGUGUGUGUGUGGUUCUACACACACUUGGGUGUCAGUCCCGCUCUGUGGUCAUUUGCAAAGCUUUGGUAGCAUUGUGAU